CCUGGCGCGGGUGGCCGUGACUGCACUGGCCGGGCCUGAAAUGAGGGCAGGACGUGUUCGCUCCUGUCACGGCACUGGGCUUCGGGGACGGCGUGAUCUGGAGGCUCAGCUGCUGGCCUGAGCCCCCAUCGGAGGUGAAAGAGCAGCUCUCGGACCUCCUGUCCCCCGGCCCGCCCUGCGCGGGAGGGGCCGUGUUCUCGCCAGCACCUGUGCAGGAGGGGACUUGCCUGCAAGUCCUGGGCUCUCCAAGGCGUGAGCAGCCCCCUUUGGUUCUGAUGCGCUCUCUGGACUGUUCAGUCACGGGGCUGAGCGGUGCUGGUCAGUGGACCCACCAGGAGCCAGGCAGACGCGGCCCUCCACAUUGCCGGAAGAGCCAGUCCCCAGAGAAAAAUCUGGGUGCUCUUGUGGGGAGGAGAGGAACUGGAACUGCGGGAGAGGCCACCAGUUCCACUCGAGUCCCAGGAAGCUGCUCCUGGCACAGAAGCCCCGGUCUGCAGGCCAAAGCCUCCAUGCCACCCUCGGCUCAGGUGCAGAGCAUAGCCCAGAGGCCCUGGGGCUCCCGGUCUCCCCAGGUCCAGAGAGUCCAGUGAUGCAGGGCUCACACAGUCAGCAGAAGAGGGUUUUCACCUUGGGGCAUGGACAGAAGCUGAGGGACUGGCAUGACAAGGAAGCCAUCCAGAGGGACGCUCAGCGCGUGGGACACGGAGAGCAGGGGCGGCCUUACCCAAUGACCGACGCCGACCGCGUGGACCAGGCCUACCGUGAGAACGGAUUCAACAUCCAUGUCAGCGACAAGAUCUCCCUGAACCGCUCGCUCCCCGACAUCCGGCACCCGAACUGCAACAGCAAGCGCUACCUGGCGUCGCUCCCCAACACCAGCAUCAUCAUCCCCUUCCACAACGAGGGCUGGUCCUCCCUGCUCCGCACCGUGCACAGCGUGCUCAACCGCUCGCCCCCCGAGCUGGUCGCCGAGAUCGUGCUGGUGGACGACUUCAGCGACCGAGAGCACCUCAAGAAGCCCCUGGAAGACUACAUGGCCCUCUUCCCCAGCGUGAGGAUUCUCCGGACCAAGAAGCGGGAGGGGCUGAUAAGGACCCGGAUGCUGGGGGCCUCGGUCGCCACGGGGGAGGUCAUCACCUUCCUGGACUCCCACUGUGAAGCCAAUGUCAACUGGCUGCCCCCCCUGCUUGACCGCAUCUCCCGGAACCGAAAGACCAUCGUGUGCCCCAUGAUUGAUGUCAUUGACCACGACGACUUCCGGUACGAGACGCAGGCGGGGGACGCCAUGCGGGGGGCCUUUGACUGGGAGAUGUACUACAAGCGGAUCCCCGUCCCCCCAGAGCUGCAGAAGGCUGAUCCCAGCGACCCCUUUGAGUCUCCCGUGAUGGCCGGCGGCCUGUUCUCCGUGGACCGGAAGUGGUUCUGGGAGCUGGGCGGGUACGACCCGGGCCUGGAGAUCUGGGGCGGGGAGCAGUACGAGCUCUCCUUCAAGGUGUGGAUGUGCGGGGGCCGCAUGGAGGACAUCCCCUGCUCCAGGGUGGGCCACAUCUACAGGAAGUACGUGCCCUACAAGGUCCCUGCCGGAGUCAGCCUGGCUCGGAACCUCAAGCGCGUGGCGGAGGUGUGGAUGGACGAGUACGCGGAGUUCAUCUACCAGCGCCGGCCCGAGUACCGCCACCUCUCCGCGGGCGACGUGGCGGCCCAGAAGCAGCUCCGCGCCAGCCUCAGCUGCAGGAGCUUCAGGUGGUUCAUGACCAAGAUUGCCUGGGACCUGCCCAAGUUCUACCCACCCGUGGAGCCUCCGGCUGCGGCCUGGGGGGAGAUCCGCAACGUGGGCACGGGGCUGUGUGCCGACACCAAGCACGGUGCCCUGGGCUCGCCGCUGAGGCUGGAGAGCUGCUUGCGGGGCCGUGGGGAGGCAGCCUGGAACAACAUGCAGGUGUUCACCUUCACCUGGAGGGAGGACAUCCGGCCUGGGGACCCCCUGCACACCAAGAAGUUCUGCCUGGACGCCGUGUCGCACACCAGCCCCGUCACCCUGUACGACUGCCACAGCAUGAAGGGGAACCAGCUGUGGAAGUACCGCAAAGACAAGAGCCUGUUCCAUCCGGUCAGCGGCAGCUGCAUGGACUGCAGCCCGAGUGACCACAGGGUCUUCAUGAGCACCUGCGACCCCGCGUCGCCCACCCAGCAGUGGCUGUUUGAACACACCAACUCCACCGUCCUGGAAACGUUCAAUCGGAACUGAGCCUGCUGCCCUCGCAGGCCCCCCAGGCACCGCGGCGGGCGAGGUGCGGUCGGCCGGACCAGAGGGCGCUGGGUGCUGCAGGUGGAGCCCCGCAGCGAGGGUGGCGCAGGCCUGGGCAGAGUGGGGCUUUCACCCCUGCGGGCGUGGGCAUCCCAGGGCUCUGCCAGCACGUCACCCUGUCCCCUGGGCGCUAGGCAGGAGGGAGGCCAGGGCCUCCUGCAGGGUGGCCGGCCCGCAGCAGCUCUCACACCACAGCCCUUUAGAAAGAGGCACGUGGGUCCCUCUGCCCCCAGGGAAGGGAGCUUUUCUCAGAACCGCUGGUCUCGGCUCUUCGGUGUUGGCCUGGCCGCUGGCACCCAGCUCCUGUUCUCAGGCACGGCCGGGGAGGCCGUGCACACAGACCCCCACCUCGCAGCCCCGUGCUCACUGCUGCCAGCUGCCAGGCCUGCGGCUGGGGUGGAGCAACCAGAUUCCCUUUGCAGCCUCGGGGACACGGGAUGUCCCUCUGCUCCCCGGUGUCCGAGACCCCCUGCCAGGGGCUGGGCCGGCCAGGCCACCCUCUUGUCGGGGCUGCUUCCAGCGAAAGGUCUAGUAGGAAUUCAGGCUGAAUGUCCCUGAUCGCGCUUCCAUCUCCUCCCUCUUCCUCUCCCUUUCUUCUCUCUCUCCCUCCCUCACACACACACAUACACAACCUGCCUCAGGAGGAUCAGUGGGGUGCAGCACUCACCUUGCCGAGUCUGGAGGCCUCCAGGGUAGACGGGCAGGAUGCCCUGACCCCACAGGUCUCCAGGGAUGCUAAAGGGCUCUGUAGUUCCAUCGCGACCCAAAGUGUCUGGCCUGCAGGUGCAUUUCUAGAACACUAGCCCCCAGCCUGGUGACCGGCCUGGAGCCCAUGGGGACAAGCAAUGUCCAUCACCCGCAGCAGAGGCCUCGGGGCCAAGGUCUCCACAAAGACCCGGAGCCCUGUCCUCACGCUGCGGGCGCCCAGCCAAGCCUCCGUGUUCACCUUUUACUGGGUCGACUCUGAGUCAGACCCCACCCCUGGGCCCCAAAACCGAGUCCCCAAAGGCGGCUCCCAAGCUAACCGGAGCAUUUCUGUAACCAGCCUGAUUCAGGAAGCCAAACAGCACCUAGAAGCCCGGGAAGCCCUCGCCGUCAGCCCCAGGGCCAGACCGAUGCGGCCUGACGACUGGCCACCGGACAGGCCUGAGGCCUGAGUGAGGCUGCCUCUGGGAGGCAGGCUGGUGGCUGCCUGGGGGAGGAGACCCUGGCUACAGUCCUUCUGAGGACGGCCCCAGCCCAGCACAAGCCCUGCUUGGUCUCCUGAGGGAGAGGGGCUGGUCCUCUUACUGCCCCUCCCUGGCGUCCUUGUCCAGAUGAGUGCCCCCUCCAGGGAGGAGGCAACAGAGGAGGCCUGGCCGGCAGCCAGCGCUGUGGCUGUGGGUGGAGAGCUGAGUCAGGACUCUUCCCCCAAGCAGUGCAGCGUCAUUAACAUAUAAACUGUGCCUUUUAAAAAGAAAAAAUGCAAAUCCCUAGACUUGAACCAUUUCCUAGUGCCUUGCUAGACAGGCCGGGCAGGGCUGCGGGAGGGGACCCUUGCGUGUGCAGUUCCCACGCACACGCGCCUGCGUGUUGGCGCAUGUCUGCGUGCGUGCGUGUGUUAAUGUCCAGUUUCGAGCAGGAGACGUGGUGUGUAGAGCAGGGUCUGAGACAGAGAACCCCAAGCGCCAGGCCCCAAGAGUCUUAUCAGUCCGAGGUCCGUGGCCUGGAGAGGCCUCAGCAGCACCCCAGGGCCCUGUUUGGCAGCUAGGCCUGCACCCCAUCCCAGGCCUACCCGGUCCUACUCCCAGCCUGGGGCUCAGGGCAGCAGGAGCGACGCACGCAGGCCGCCGCCUCCUCCCAUCCUGCGCCCGGCUCUGGGCCUCGGCCAAGCUGAGGCUCCUGAGUGCUCUCUGGUGACAGGGCCCGGCCUGCAGGCCUGCCGGGGCGCUGACCACCGCCAGCCGUGUUUGGGAGGCCGCCAGCCUCAGGAAUUGGGGCGCUGCCCACACCCCCUGAAGAAGCGGAUGCUGUUGAGGGAAGCAGCCUUGCUCCGGGGUCUCAGUGGAACGACAAAGCACUUUACAGCCUAACCAGGAAAUCUGGGUCCCCUGCUUCAGGGCCCUCGUUUGUACACUUUGGAUGAUUUUCUAAUGCCUGGGGGCCGUGUGGUUUUGAUGUUUUCUGAGGGUUUAAGUGGGGGGAGGGCCUGAGUCUGCACCUCUGUUGGGGGUUCCUUUCUGCUUAUAGAUGCUCUUUUGUGAAAAUCCAAGGAGUGUUUCCCUAGUGCUUGAUCUUGAGCUGAGGGUGCUGCCCGCCCUGGGGUGCAGGGGGACCACUUUCCCAGUGACAGUGUCCUCUUCACAGCCCUCAGCCUCUGUCUGAGGACAACAGCUGGGGGGAUCCAACUCUUGACCAACUUGGGGACAGGGGACCCCCAAGGGAGGGCAGGGAGAGCCAAGAACUCCGACAGGGUCCCACAGAGAACGCUCCAGAGGCCAAGCUCUGCUGGUCGCCCGGAAAGGGGCCUCUGUGUAGUGCUGGCCGUGCGCGUGUGGCUGUGGAGUAAACCCUGCACUCCCUCUGAUGUGGUCUCCGGCCUCUUCCUUGUACGGCGCCUCUCCUCCGGCGGUCCCACACGUCUCCACUGAGCCUGCCUCGGGCCCUCCCAGCCCAGGCAAACCCCAGCGGCAGGCUCUGGGGAGGGAGUGGAGCAAGAUGAUGCCGGGUGUGAAACAGGGUGUUCUGGUGACCCAGUGGGGUCCGCUUUGGUGGGAUGGGCAGGGAAUGCCUCCCCAUGAGAGCCAAAAGCCAGGAGGGACUGUGAGCUGGGAGGCCGUUUGGGGGAAAGUGCUGUUAUAGGACAGGGAGAGGGGCAGCCCAAAACCCCGCAAACCUGCCUAUUCUACAUGGGUUCUGCCAUCCGCCGCAUCAACAGAAAACAUAGGAGACUUUAAGGGGAAGGAACUUUAAUAAAACUAGGAAACAAUACAGGUAAGACAGAGUCUAGUUUCUAAAUCAAGCACCCAAAGUGACCUGUCCCCUCAUGGGUAAAAGUCCAUCCAUAUGGGGUUGGCCCAGAGCAAGGCCCCAAGGCCUGCCCCAAGUCUAAAGCAUCUUCCAGUGGGACCCACAGAAAAGGGCCAGAAACAACCAGACAAGCCCGGAAGGAAAAGAGCAAAAUCAACAUCAAGAUAAAAGCUGCCAUUGUCACCUCCCCACAGGUCUCACCCACAUCUGUGUCACCCAGUCCACGACUAAAAGACAAGCGCAGUUUCUUCACGUGUCUCUAGGCUCCACGCGCCUCCUCCAGGGCUCCUGGCUCCAUCCUGCUCCUUCCUUCCUCAGUCUCUUCUGCAGCUUCUCCUCUUCCUGCUCAGCUCCACCCUCCCUUGGGUGGGGCAGGGAACCUCCCCCUUUCCUGGGGACCACCCUGUUACAGUGCCAGGCGGAGGGAACAGCCAGUGCAAAGGCCCAGAGGCAGCACAGUGGGCUGAAGGGUGUGUGUGGGGAGGGGGCUGCCUGCAGACGCGCUGCAGACCACAGCCUGGGCCUGAGGGCUCAGGAGGGCAGUGACAACAUGUAGUAAACUGAGCUGGUUCCU